AUGGCAAAGCAAACUCCACCAAUCACCACAUUUCUCUCUUUGCUUAUUCUCCUUUUCAUGAUACCAAUAACUACAGAAGGGACUAAAAAGUCGUUAUAUGGGGUAACCGAUUACCACAACUCUUUGAAAUUGUUUGUAUUCGGAGACUCCUAUGUUGACACAGGAAAUUUUUUAAACUUUUUAAACUCGUCGGCUUAUAAACCUCCUUAUGGAAUCACAUUUCCUCGUCAACCGUCGGGAAGAUUCUCCGAUGGCCGUAUUCUCACUGAUUAUAUUGCUUGGUCUCUGAAUAUAAAAUCUCCUGCCCCAUAUUCAUUGAGAAAUUCAUCUGACCUUCAAUUUGGUAUAAACUUUGCCUAUGGAGGAACCGGUGUUUUCGAUACAUUCCUUAAAGGACCGAACAUGAGUAUCCAAAUCGACAAAUUUGAAGAGUUAAUCAAACAAAAUAUAUAUACCAAAUCCGACAUUGAUUCCUCGGUUGCCCUUGUCAGUAAUGCUGGUAACGACUAUUUUCAAUAUUUGUUUAGAGAUGGGAAGAACAUUAAGGAUAUAUUAGUGUUCGGUGCUUCAAUUAUAAACCAAUUAUCGUCGAAUCUUAAACGCAUUCAUAGCGUGGGAAUAAAGAAAAUAACAGUUGGAUUAUUAGAGCCUAUUGGGUGUUUGCCUGUAAUAACAAAACCAUCUUCUUAUGAUAAAUGCAACGAAACUUUAAACAUGCUCGUCAUGAAGCAUAACGAAAUGCUUCUCAAAACUGUGCAAGAUCUGAACAAAGAAAGUGGAUCAGUUUUCGUGACACUAGACCUCUACAAAUCUUUUGUCUCCGUGAUUGAAACAAUGCAGAAAAAUUCAACAGUGGAGAAUGUGUUGCAACCGUGUUGUGUUCCAGAGAAUUCAACUUAUGAGUGCGGGAGUGUGGAUGAUAAGGGAGAAAAGAAAUAUAGUUUGUGUGAUAAACCAGAGGGUUCAUUCUUUUGGGAUGAUUUUCAUCCUUCUCAAAAUGGAUGGGAUGCGGUUUACAAGAUGGUGCAAAAUCCUUUGUUCCUAAUUUGA